UGCUCGCGUUUCGGCCCGUUCUAUUAUCCUCAUACCACUUGCUGUCCGCGUACCCGCCCCUCUCCACCGAAACGACGUGCACAGCUUCGUUUGCCACCGCUGCCUUUGGCUCUCGUUCGGUAUCGAUUUUUCGUCCGAUACUCAGCCGCGUUGGCGAAACGCGAUUGAUUUCUGCGCGGCCGCUCAACCCACAGGCGCGCGCGGUGCCCACACCGACGGCAGCGGCACGUUCGACGCAAACCACCAUUGUCACUCGCCGCUCGUCACGCGCACACGCACAUCGUCCCUAGUCGCUUCACCUACCGUCACCGUCAGCUUCGAUCAAGUUUUACACGGAGUACUACAUCGGCAGUUCGUCGCGGCCAUUAACGAUUGUUCGUUGCUCCAAGUCAUCAGGUCUCCGCCUCCUAGCGUAACCCAAGACGAUUUAGUCGAGAUGCUUCGUUGCCAACAAAUCCAUCGCACAUAUCACCGCCCGGCCGCUCUCAUUGACAUUCGCAAUACAGACGAACGCGACGUCAUAAACAAUGAAGACAUCUUAAACAGAGUACGCGUUCAUCAGCCCAACUUUAUAGACAUUUUGAACAACUAUGCACAAAGCUUAAUGGAUAAUAUUCAGAACGAACGCUACUUGCCGCGCUUUUUAGAAAUUGGGCGACGCAACAUGCAGCGCCUUAUAAGCGAAGACAUUAUCGAAAUCAUCGACGACGAGGAUGACGUCAAUGACGACGAUGGCGACAAUGACAACGACAACGACAACGGUAACGACGAAGAGGGUAACAACGAUGAUGACGAUGACGACGAUGACGACGAUGACGACGACGACGACGACGACAAGGAUGAAGAGGAAGAUGACGACGACGAGGAUGAGGAGGAAGAUGACGACGGGGAGGAGGACGAGGACGACGACGACAACAAUAAAAAUCAGAAGAAGGAAUUGUUAAAAGCUUUUUCGAUCGAAUCGCACAAUUUGUACGAGAAAGUAAACAAUAUCAUGUUACCUUGGAUGCGUUCCGAGAAUCCGUUUUUGCGCAUGCAAAUAUGCGAAAUGCUUUCUAUGCUGGUUCAGAAUCCAUACUGUCUAAACAAGUUCACGGAAAAUACAGAUUGCCUUGAAGAAUUGAUGUCUAUGGUAAAAAAUGAUAAUGAUGAUGAAGUGCGUGUCAUGGCACUAGUUGCGAUUACCAAUCUUGUUCGUCAAAACAUAUCUGUGUUUUGGAAAUUCAUUGAACUUGGAGGUAAAGAUUUGAUUUUCAAUUUAUUGAAGUCACCCAUUGAUAAAUUGAGGAUUAAAGCGGUAUUAAUCAUUUGCUUAACUUGUCAUUUGAGUACUGCUGUAAUGGAACUGUAUGUUGAUAAUGGAGUCAUUGAAAUUAUUAGUUCAAUAAUCAUGAACAUAGAAGACAAUGUUGAAUCAUUUCAUUAUGAGUUGUUUUCAUCAUUAUUGAAACAAAUGAACAAUGCAUUACCAGGCAGUGGAGAAAAUAUUCGCCAUUGGAUGGAUGGUCUUGAUGCACUAUUUACAUCAAUGCGAGAUUCAUCUUCAAUUGAAUCAAAAUAUCAGGAUGAAAAGGAUCAAGUUUUGAGGCUUCUUUCAUUUCAUUUAUUUAAUUCUAUUAUAAGGGUUACUAAAUUUGCUUUAAGUUAUGCUUAAUAAAUAUGGUUUAUAACGCUAUUAAUUUUA